AUGGGCGACGUAUUGGGAGAAUCGCCAUCUCGAUUUCAUAGCAUGAUUGCAGGGCCGGCCAUUCAGCACCAGCACCCGCACGACAUUCACUUCCAGGCCCGUCCAGUUCCAGUCAGCCGAACAACAACAGGUUGCGACCGGGAUGCCCAGCAGUCCCACCACUCGCGCCCGACGGCGAGCCCCAGACGGCAAGCCUCUUCGUCAACACCGCGCAGAGACUGGCAGGAUUCACCAGUGCCGACGCCAGUGGUCGCAGACAAGCCAGCAAAGCAACAACGACAAACACCGUCGAGCCGACCCCCGAUGUCGAGUGGUGGGGCCAGCCGCCGCCUCCCGUCCCCGCCUUCUUCGUCUUCUUCGUCGUCCGAUCCCUCCUCCGGUGGCGCUGGGCCGCAGUAUGACGUCUCGACCGAAAGAGUUCACGAUGCCGCCAGCGGUCCGCCUUCUGUCGCGGGCUCGACCACCUCGUCCCUCAGUACCGCCGCAACCGUAGUGCCAGGAUCCAAGGCGAUGCCUUCUCCUGCAUCGGAUCACGGUCGGCGCCGGAAUCCAUCCGCGGAUGUCGACAUCGUCGAUGCGCCCCCCGUUUCGAUACCCCUCAGCAACAAUGCCCCAAGUCCGCCGAUAGAAACCCAAAAGACAAUCUAUGUCCAAGACCUCGCACAUAUCCAGACCCUGGCCAAGGUCGAAAAUCUUAAUGCCACCGGCUCAGGGAACCUUAAUGAUCCCCCACUACAACAGAUGAAGUACGAGAUUAGCGCGAUGCCUAUAGGAGAUAUUAUCGAAAUGGUAGCCGCCCUCCUUACCAAGAUUACCACCACCAACGACCUCCAACACGAUGCUCUGAACCGAAACGCGCACCACCUCCGACAAGCCCAGGCGCAAGCGAGGGGUGAGGAAGCUGGUGGGGACGCCAACGGAAGCCCUCUAAGCAGCAGUGUUUUGGCGUUUCACGGUAAAAACGUUCCCUCGAUUAGCAUACUGAGCUAUCUUGGUCGGAUACACAAGUACUGUCCCACCACGUACGAAGUCUUUUUGAGUCUGCUGGUCUAUUUUGACAGGAUGACGGAGCGGGUCAACGAUAUGGUGGUCAAGAGCGAGGAGGCACGACGGAUGCAAUACGUGCAUGCGCAAGCUAUGAAACCGGCGGCAGAUCCAGACACUGUCAUGCGGGACAGUAACGAGGCGGAAGAGGAUAGCGACGAGACGGACUCUGAUCUUGCAGACACCGAUGAGGAGGCUGGGAAGGGGAUCACGAUCGAAAGCAACAGUUUUAACACGCAUUCAGCAGCUGGACAGGCGACAUAUUUUGUAGUGGACAGUUACAACAUCCAUCGGCUUAUUAUUGCGGGGGUGACUUGCGCCAGCAAGUUUUUUUCUGAUGUGUUUUACACCAACUCGCGAUAUGCCAAGGUUGGUGGUCUCCCUCUGGCUGAACUGAACCACCUCGAACUUCAGUUCUUGCUGCUCAACGACUUUCGCCUGGCUGUUCCUGUGGAAGACUUGGAGGCCUAUGCCACCAUGCUGGUUGAGUUUUAUGCGAGGGAAGUUGUCUCGCAGAAGCCAGACGCGGAGUGA